AUGGUGUCAGACCCCUUAGCUAUCCUACUGGGAUUAGAUUGGUUUGAGGCUUUGGGGCAAUCUAUCACAGGAAUCCACACAACGCUGGCUACCGGAGACUUCAAUGACCUCACCAGAGAAUUUAGCGAUGUAUUUAGCAAUACCUUAGGUAAAUACAUCGGGUCUCCUAUUUCUUUUGAUUUAGAUCCUAGUGUUAUGCCCAUACAUCUUAAAGCAAGAAGGGUUCACUUUGCACUACAGGCUAAGGUAGAUGCAGAGCUAGCUAGAUUAAUUAAACAAGGGAUAUUAGAGCCAGUGGAGUUUGCAAAGUGGGAAACCCCUUUAAAGUCGGACGGAUCCAUUAGGAUCUGCACCGACUAUAAGGCGACAAUUAACAAAGCCUUACAAGCCCACCCAUAUCCGGUUCCAGUUGUGCAGCAUCUGCUGCACUCAUUGGGCCGCGGUUACAUUUUUGCUAAGCUUGACUUAGUUCAAGCUUAUCAACAGUUAACAGUGGAUGAUGCGACAGUUGACGCUCAGACGAUCGUCACCUAUCAUGGGGCAUUCCAGUGCCGCAGACUCCACUUUGAAGUCUGCAUCGCAUCCAGAAUUUUUCAAAGUAUCAUGGAGAGAACGCUCCAUGGUCUUGCCAUGAAUUUGGUAUCAUUUGAGGAUGUAGCUGUGUUUUUCUCCGUGGAGGAGUGGGCCCUGCUGGAUUCUAAGCAAAAAGACUUAUACCAAGAGGUCAUGCUGGAAAUCAAGAGGAACAUGGCCUCCUUAGGUGACGGAUGGGAGAUGGAGGAUUCUGGUCAAGAGGCACCUUUGCCAAAAGAGAAAAGGGAAGUUGCAGAAAAGAUGGAUGGAAAGCAAAGUUGUGAGGAAAACCUGUUAACGGUUGAGCUGGAGAAUUACACUAGUUUCUCAUGUGCAGAUACCAAUGUUUUAUUGAAUGCAGAUGAUUGCCAAGAAAAAGAAGUGUGUUCAAGGUGUGGGAAAAUACGAGAUGAAUCGGGAUUUUGUGACUGUUGUGAAAGCCCUGCUGGAGAGAAACAGGAUGAAAGCAGGAAACCCUCCAGAAGGAGCCUUCCUCCUCCUUUGCAUGAAAUAAUACAAGAAGGAGGGGAAAUGUACAAAUGUACAGAGUGUUCAGAAAGCUUCGGUACAAGCCGCUCUCUUGCAUUGCAUAAAAAGAUUAAAGCAGAGGAUCUACACGAAUGUCUAGAUGGUUGGAAGAACCUUCACAUCCAUAGAGAGGAGAAUUUGCAUCAACUCGGGGAGGGUAGAACGAGGUUUACUCAGAGCAAUGAACUAAAUUCCCCCCCCAAAAGCCCCACUUGGAAUAAUUCAUAUAAAUGCCUGGAAUAUGGGAAGAGCUUCCACUCUGCAAGUGACCUCACUUACCAUAAUAGGACCCAUAUAGGGGAAAAGCUAUAUAAUUGCACUGUGUGCGGAAAGAGUUUUGCACAAAAAGGCAAUUUCAAUUUACAUCAGAGGAUCCACGCUGGAGGGAAACCGUAUAAAUGCACAGAGUGUGGAAAAUGCUUCAAAGACCCCGAUGCCCUUACUUCCCAUAGGAAGAGUUACACAGGGGAGAAACCCUAUGAAUUCUUGGAGUGUGGAAAAAGCUUCAAAAGAUGUGAUACUCUAAUCUUACAUAAUAGGAUGCAUAAAGGCGAGAAACCUUAUAAAUGCCUGCACUGUGGAAAGAGCUUCAGUGGCGAAGUUUAUCUUAAGUCACACAAGAGGAUCCACACAGGAGAAAAACCAUUUCAAUGCACGGAGUGUGGAAAAAGCUUCCGUUUCUCAUCAAACCUUCAUUCUCAUCACAGAAUCCAUACAGGGGAGAAGCCCUUUCAAUGCCUUCAGUGUGGAAAGUGUUUUGCCCAUUCUAAUAGCUUGCAUGCCCACAAACAGACCCACUCAGGGGAGAGUCCAUACAAAUGCCUGGAGUGUGGAAAGAGCUUCGGUAAUUCCAGCAACUUAAAUUCCCAUAGGAGAAUCCACAGUGGAGAGAAACCAUAUCAAUGCAUCGAGUGUGGGAAGUGCUUCACUACUCAACAGAAUCUUACUGUCCAUAAAAGGAUUCACACAGGUGAAAAGCCUUAUAAGUGCACCAAAUGUAGCAAAUGCUUCACUGAUUUGGGUUCUCUCUCUCGCCACAAAAGGCUCCACACUGGGGAGAAACCAUAUGAAUGUCACACGUGUGGAAAGAGCUUCAAUAGAAAAUGUAGCUAUAUCGUACAUAGCAGGACCCACACUGGGGAGAAGCCCUUUCAAUGCCUGGAGUGUGGAAAAUGUUAUAAUGAGAUUGGCAGUCUUACCCUCCACAUGAGGAUCCACACAGGAGAGAAGCCAUUUAAAUGCAUUGACUGUGGAAAGAGUUUCAGAGACAGCAGGAAUCUUAAGUGCCAUAAAAGAAUCCACACAGGGGAGAAGCCAUAUCAGUGUCUGGAGUGUGGAAAGAAAUUCAGAACCUGUAGUGAGUUUAGUCGCCAUAAGAAGACGCACAGCAGUUAG